UUCGGGGACUCGGGUGUUCGGGUUUCCGGCGCUGAGGAAACAAACCGUCAUUUCUCCACAUGUCGCGCGGGGAUGAACCGGGGUCACGUGUCGGGGGAGGAGCCGCCGCCGCCGCCGCCGGAAGUUCCGGUUGAAGCCGCACUGGGGCCGGGGAUGGGGAUGGAAUCGGAGAUGGGGGCGAUGGAGGCGGAGAUGGAGCGCGAUCCCAGCGCUUAUCUGGUGUUUGAGAAGCUCCAGAGCGGGGCGCCAUGUCUGAGUUUCGACAUCCUGCAGGACCGAGCGGCAGCCGCAGAGGUACCUGCGUCCACGGCCCCCCUCAGCCUGUACCUGUGCGCGGGGACGCAGGCCGAGACCACCGCAGCCAACAGGCUGAUCCUGAUGAAACUGUCCAACGUCCGGGUCUCCGAGCCAAAGGUGGGCUCAGACUCGGAGUCCGAUAGCAGUGAUGAUGAUGAUGAAGAGGAUGAGGAGAAGCAGCCAAGGCUAGAGAUCGCCAUGAUCCCAUAUCACGGCACCAUCAACCGUGUCAGGGUGCAGUCUGUGGGAGACUCCCCGGUGGCCGCUGUGUGGUCGGAGCGGGGACAGGUUGACCUGUGGCGGCUGCAGGAGUUGGUGAAGGCCGUGGAGGUGCCCGAGGCGAUGGCGCACUUCCUCCAGAAGAGACAGAAGGAGCAGCGACCACUGACCUCCUUCACCGGCCACAUGGCGGAGGGAUACGCGCUGGACUGGAACCCUCUGGUCGCCGGACGGCUGGUCACGGGGGACGUGAAGGGGAGACUCCAUGUUUGGGAACCCCGGGAGGAUGGCACCUGGUCCGUCGAUCAGAGACCCCUGACCGGGCACAGCCAGUCAGCGGAGGACGUGCAGUGGUCACCCAACGAGCCCACGGUAUUUGCCUCGUGCUCUGUAGACACCUCUCUGAGGGUGUGGGAUAUCAGGGCUCCCCCCUCGGCUGCCUGUAUGAUCUCGGUGCCCAACGCCCACAGCUCAGACGUUAACGUGAUCAGCUGGAACCGGAUGGAACCUUUUCUUGUGUCAGGGGGGGACGACGGAGCUGUAACCGUUUGGGACCUGAGACAGCUUCAGACGGGGCAGAGUGUGGCUACGUUUAAGCAGCAUACGGCCCCCAUCACGUCGGUGCAAUGGCAUCCCUCCGACCCGGGGGUCUUUGCCGCUGCAGGAGCCGACGACCGAGUCACCCAGUGGGAUUUGGCGGUGGAGCGGGACGGCGAGGCGGGGGCGGAGGAGGCCAGGCUGCCCCCACAGCUCCUGUUCGUACACGAGGGCGACAACGACCUGAAGGAGCUGCAUUGGGCCUCGCGCUAUCCUGGGGUCCUGGUCACCACGGCUCACAGCGGCUUCACAGUGUUCAGGACCAUCAGUGUGUGAGCCUGUGCCGACCAGGGCCAGAGCCGGUGGCCAAGGCCAGGGCCAGAGCAGUGCACAAGCUACAGCACAUGAAGAGGCCAUUCAGCCCAUCGUGCCUGGCCUGGCCUGGCUGUGGGACAGGGCGGCCCAUCCAGUCCCACUCGCUCACUCUUUCGAGCAUAAAACGUACGGUCGAUCCACUUUACAGUGUAUUCUCGAACCCGGAGUGAAGCAACCUCACAUCUGACUGAGUACAAGACGCUCCCCAUCACCUCCUUCAGCUCUUGGCGUUGAUGCCAUUGCAUAAACGUAACUGAAACCUCCA